UAAAGUGUAAACAGUGCAACGUGCAACGAGCAAGCUUUUGCAGCUGCUUUCCAAAAUACUUUUUCCACUUCUUGUCAGCUGUUUUUCCAUGACUUAUUACACUUAUCUUAUGCAUUUUUUCUAUGUUAUAAAUUAAUAAUUUAAACCAUAAAUUAUGCUACUAUUAGCUUGAUGGGCGCGAGGGCCGUGAAGCGCUGGUGCGCGAUCGACGUGUUCGACGACGAAGAGCACGGCCGCAUCCGUCGCGGUAUCGUGCGCGAUCUGCUACCCUACCAGGGCUUCAUCGUCGAUUUCCACUACCCCGGCCACGAUGCGGAAUUCAUCCCCUUCACCGCCCAUAUCAUCUUCUCGCAUACCAUCUUCGCCGCCUUCCUGGGGCAGGUGCAGCGCACGGGAUCCUACCACACGGGACUCCCCGUGGAAUCUUUGAUGCGCCUGUCCCCGACGGAUCCCUGGUGCUGGUACCCCUCCACCCUGCUGGCCGGGGGGUCCCUGGCGACGUACGCCGUCGUGGACAUUGAGUGUGAAGGGAAGAGCAUUCGCCGCGUGCUGGAAGUGGGACGGGUGCGACGGCGCUCGCAGAAGCCUAGUCCCCCGCGGGUGACCAACAAGGGCUGUGUGGCGGAAAUCCAGAAAUAUCGGGUGAGGCUGCCCAUUAAGAGUCCCCGUGACGUGGGGGUGGCGGGGGUGGAGGAGUUUGUGGAGCUGUGGGAAGAGAUGACGGAUACGCGGGUGGUGACGUUGGAUACGGAGAAGUGGACGCUGGAGUAUCUGUCGGAAAGCUGGGAUGAACUGCGGACCUCACAGAUUACGGAUACUCUCCGUCGUAUGAAGGCGAAAUGUGCAGCCGCGGAGAAUCGUUCUUCUCCACAUGGAUAUCAGCAAUCUCCCGAAGAUCAACAAAUGAUAAGCCGGCCUCCGUCUUCUUUAUCUCUCAUCAGCGAAGACGACGAUAUCGAUCCGCCCAUCACGAUGCUUGACAUGAUGAGCAUGAGCGAGAUCUUCUCCCAUCUCAACGUCGACGAGCAGAUGACCUGCCGUCGCGUCUGCCACGCCUGGAACGACCUCCUCACCUCCCCCCAUCUCUACGUCCACAUCGAUUUGGGAGACCCUCGGCUACACAGCCGCGCUCGGCUACCGUCCCUUAGCCACGGCCAUCUUCCGGAUGGUGUCGGCUUUUACGAAGUGCCUGGUGAUCACCGGAGGGCGGGCGGUGCAGCGGCCCGCGUUGGAUCGCGUCCUAACCGAUUCCCUGUCGACCAUCAUUGAUCUGCUGACAAUGCAGGGACUGCGUGUGCCGCUCGUGGUCCUGUCCGGGGGGCUGAUGUGCGGGGCGGAUCUGUUCGGGAACUGGGGGAAUAUCUCGUGGGAUGAGACGGCGGAGGUGGAGUUGACGAGUCGGUGGGCGGAGGUGUGUCAGAAGGUGGUGCUGAAUGACAUGGAGAUGUGGUAUUCCGAGUCGACAGCGCUGCAGGUGCCCCGGGUAAUUCUGCAGCCGAAAAAUAAGGUGGCCAUGUUGUUGGGUUUGGAUCAAUGGUGUCCCGCGAUGGAGGAGGCGAUUGUGGGACAGUUGGAGCUGCGCCUGCAGAUGGACUGGAACUCGGAAAUGUAUCGGGAAGCGGUUCUGCAGAUAAUGAGGAAAGUUCAGUUUGGAGAAACGCGAUUCAGUGACGAAAACAUUGCGCAACUGAGGGAGCUAUCCAGCAUACCUAAAUUGGGAUCGUUGAGGAAGAUCACGAUGUGGGCACUAUUAUCGCGCUUCUUUUCGGCACAGUUUUUUCGAGCUGGUUUCGGAUGGCUUUAGUUGCGUGAUGGGCGCUUCGGAAUGAGUGUAUUACCGGUCGAUGCUUAGCCCCAUUUGCUCUUGUGUUUCCUCGUUGAUACACAGACAGUUCAGAGUGGAUAAUUUAGUGAUAGUAUUACUAACUGUAUUUAUGGGUUUCACAUUUCAGUGCUGACUACAGCUUAUUGUUUUGAAGAGAUUUACGUAUAAGAAUGAUUUGUCAAUUUCAGUGUCUGGUCGUUUAUUCCGAGUGUUGUGAUGCGAGUCUUUUGUUAGCUACUUGUAAUUGUAGUCCUGGAUUUUCAUGUUUGUUUAAUUUAUGUGCAAAUAUAACUAACACAAUACAGACUGGAAUUUCUUCUGUUUAUUAUUGGAAUAUUAGAACUGUGAUGAUUU